UUUGCAUGUUACUGGAAAACUACAUUGUUUUGACAGCAUCUGAACUACUAGCACACUAUUAAUUUAUGUGGUUAAAGAGUCACUGUGGUUUGUGUGUUGGAUGUGAAAAAUACCACACGCUGACAUACUGUAUACCUUGUUUUAAUUUUCUUGUCUUCGUUUCACUCUGCAACAACUCUCUAUCUACAGAUCACAUGACUGUUAUUGUUACUAUGUAAGAAAUUAUCACUUUCAAAAAACAAACAUAGAAUGUGAAUAAUUGUGUGUGGAUCAGUAGUGGAUUCAUAUAGCAGUCAAAAGGACAUUAACUAUUUGCUAUUUAAGUGUUUUGAAAUGUAUGUUGAGGAAUAAUGAUUAUUCAUCAGAAAAAUCCAAUGUGAGUGGUGAAUAUUGUUGUGCAAAUAUUUGUAGUUCUACUCGAAUAUAUGUAAAAUACCGUGUAUGUAAAAAAUCUGUUAGCACUGUUUGACAGUGUUUCCGCAUUCAGAACGCCUUCACAGCAUGACUAUUAUUGUACUUUAGUGAAAGCACUGCCUUAUUCUGUUCACACUAGUGCAGAGAACCCGUAACAGCAUAUUGGUCACAAGCUACGAGAAACUCAAUUAUUUUGUGCAGAGAAAGUGAUAGAAAUCUUAGCAGCCAUGGUCGGUGUGCUUCUUUUUGCAUGUAAGUACUGAAAUUACAAAAUCUAUCAUUAAUGAUCAAUAAAUGAAAUCUACACAAAUGCUGGUAGUGUUGGUUUAAAAAAAAUGGAUUAUUGUUUUUAGAUAUCUCAGUGAAUCUAUUCCUUAAAUGUCAAGGUCAAACGAUUCAUCAAGCUAAGAUUUUCUGUGAAAAUAGAGAAGUACCAGAAGGUGGAAGACUGGAGGUUACUUGCAGCACAUUUGGCCUUACAGUAAAGGCAGUUUAUUUAUAUCUGUUUAAAAAUGGCAAAGCUAUUGAUUGGAAAAAACAGCUCAAUCCACAAGACACCACCUUUAAAAUGGAGAGAAUAGAUAUAAACCGUUCAGGCAACUACAGCUGUGGGUUUUCAGAAGAACAGUUGGAAAUAACCAAAGUGACAGGAUAUGGUCUUAAUAACAUCUUCAUAAAGGUGAUCGAAUCUUUAAUUUAUACACAGAUACAUUUGCGUAAGCCUGAGGUGCCGGUGGGAAGUGAUGCUGAGUUUAAAUGUUCAGCAUCCAAUCCUUUACACAAAAACCAGUCCGAGAACAUGAUUUUGGUUUAUCUCAUCAAAAAUGGAAAGCCUGUUGAAGUUAAUAUUUGGGACACAGAGAAGAUGAUGACAACAUUCACCCUCAGAGAGGUCCGGACUGAAGAUGCUGGGACAUACAGUUGUGUUGUAUUGUUAAACAUACUCCCUUACCAUGGAAUGACACUUCAUCAAAAUAUUAAAGUCAAUCUUAAGAUUACUGCGACAUCUAAUAGCAGCAUUGACAAAAUCAUAAUUGUCAUAAUGUGGGCUAUCAUAGUGUUGCUCCUCAGUCUGUUUCUGGGAAUCUGGGCACUGAUCCGAAAACGAGGAUGCCUUGGAAUCCACAACGAAAGAUCCUCGAAAAACGAGACAGACCUCACAAGAACAGAAGUGUUCUAUGAAGAAAUUGACACACCUUACACAUCUGGUACUGGUGACAUACAACCUGUUGUCUGGACUGCCUCAGAGUGUGAUGAAAUUUCUUCUGAAAGUGAUGAAGAGUAUAAUAAAGUGGGAUGUGCAGUAUAGCACCUGCAAGCAUUAAAGUAUGAUUAAAUUAUACUGUUGCAACUUUGUGAUGUUAUCUAUGCUUUUGCUAUUUUACAACUGUUGCUUUUUGUGGUUUAUUUUAGCUUGUCCUUUUAAGUUUCCGUUUACUAUUAUCUGUUUCUUGUCACUAUUGUUGAUUUUUUAUUACACUGACCAACUGACUGUUGACUAUCACUUUAGUCACUGUGCACAUUUUUUUUCAUGUAAACAUUACUGUAAAUUAUCUUUCAAGACUAGAAAUUAAAUCUCAGAAUCCAUAGCAAAAUACAAUACACAUAUUGUUAAUGUAACAUUAAAUUUUAGAAUACAAACUGAUGUUGGUUUUAUUUUAUUUAUUUUGUUUAUUUAAUUUUUUCUUUAAUCUGCAGUGUGUUAAUGUUUUCACAAAUGUACUGAA